GGUUACUUGAGGUCAACCUCGUAUGGCGGGAUAAUGUUGGCCUCUUGCAGCUUGGCUUGGUAGAUUUUGUAGUUCCAGAGCGAAAAAUGUGACAAUUUUAGCGAGUUUUGUGCCGUUUAGGAGCAUGUAACCACCGUCUAGAUGUACGUGAUAGUGACCUGCAGUGACAGAGAGACAUGAUUUUGCCAUCUGAUGUCGCAAGGCUUGUCCUUGGUUACCUGUGUGAGGAGGGUUUGGUGAGGAGUCGACAGGUGUUCCUGGAGGAGAGUCCUCACCUGGCAGAGAUCAGACAGACGGCAGCUCAGGGACACCAGGUGUAUAUACAGCCUGUUCUUGGAAAGGACUUGAAGGGCAUUUUGGAGGAGUAUGCUGCCAUCAAGACACAAGAUGAACUACAGGAGGGAAACAAUGUACUGGGACUGCUGUGGAAGAAACUGGACACUGUUGUGUCACAGAUCAGGCAUUAUAAGGGCCCCCAAACUGGUCAGUCUUCCAGUUUCCAUGGCAGUUCACACCCAAAACAAUCCUCCAGCCAAUCACACCGCACCUUCAACCUGAUGACCAACAUGCGGAGGAACCACCUGCAGAGGGGACAGGUGCAGGCUGCACCUGCUGCAGCUGUAGUCAGAGCACCUGUGACAUCUGCGCCUGUGACAACAGUGGUGGUAAACAGAGAUGGACAGCAGCAGCUGGUGACAUCUGCCCCUGGCGCAGGACUUACUGCACCUGUGCAAACUGCACCUGCGCAAACACCGUCUUGUGCAGUGCCUGUUACAACUGCAGCACCUGUUACAACUGCAGCACCUGUGACACCUGCAGCACCUGUGACACCUGCAGCACCUGUGACAACCGCAGCGCCUGUCACAACUGCAACUGCAGCACCUGUGACAACUCCUGUCAAGAACUUCCUACAGAAUCAGGAAGGUUCAGAGAAGGACUUUUCGCAUGCCAGGUCCCCCAAAAGAAAAAGAGCUGCACCAAAGCGUCUGACGGCUGUCCCAGAGCUACAGAAGCCUGUGGAGUACCUACUGAACAGUGACGACCUGUUAGAAAAACUGGCACACACUAUCGGGAGAGUCCACUUUGGCCAAGACGGUGAAGAACAGGAACAGAAACAGGAAGCGAGCAAGACAGAAAGUGUUUCUGUCCCUGCCACCCCCUCCGCACCCCCUGCCCCCGGGGAGCCCGAGGUGGGACCCCUCCCCCUCCCCGCCGGGGAGAUCUCCAACAUCCUGGACGAGUUCAGCGACCUUUUUGACAUGCUGGGAAACAUUGAGACUCCAGUCAGCGGUCCAAAAGGCGCACAAGAACGCAGGGCGGACAGGUCCAACACUCCCAUCAGCCUCUCUGAUGCCUUAGACUGGUCCGACAUCGGCGUGCCCGAAGAACAACUUCCGCCAACCUCGGCCGAAGCGAACACAGACACACGCAGCACAACACAACCAAACAGUACUGCUCUGCAAAACAUCUGUAGUACCACAGCGCCACCUACUGUACUUUCUGGCACUGCAGCACCUACAACCAGACCUGUUGGUAGUGUGGUGUUACAGCCCCCCACAGUGUCUGUGUGCUGUCCCCCAGCUGUAGUGAACAGCACAGCUACAGCUGUACUGGUGAACAGCACAGCUGCAGGUGUACAGCACAUCCAGUCACAGCAGCCAGCACAGCUUACAACUACAGUUCCAGUCUUGUUGCAGGCCCAGCCCUUAGCAACAGUGGCCCCGCCUCAAGUCAUCGCUGUGCCGCGAGGGAUGGCAGUCAUACAACAGAACAACCCCACAUCUAUCCCCUCUUCCUCCAAUAGUAACGUGGCUUGCAUCUCACUGGUCGGUGGAACAGUGCUGCAGUUAGCCCCUGGCCAGCAAGGGGUCUCUUCAACAACAAGAAGCAACACGAUUUUUACUACUAAUACACAAACCGUGCCCACCACUCAACCUAACAGGCAAACUCGAAUAAGUGUGGUUCCAAAACCAGCCCCGGGAAAGAGGCCCCUUCCGAAGACGGCCAUUUCCGCUACGCAUUUUCCGGCGCCAUCGCCCGCGAAAUACGCCACGAAGCAGCUAACAGUAAGAGAACAGGACGCAAAACCCCUUCAGGGGAUAGUGCUCCCCAGUCCCGGAAAGGAUACAAGCCCGGGAACGUUGUCCAACCAGGCGAGCUUGAGCGGUCGGGUGAAAACUGCCCAUGUCCGGAUCCUCGAUUUCGGUGGUGGUGAAGAGACAGAGUCCUCUCCUUCCCCCUCCUCCCAACCAGCAAACCAGGGCAGAGUACACUGGCUGAAACAGGCCAGCCAGCCAAAACGAGCUAAUAAACAGGUUAAAUCGACAGUUACAGGCAGGAGGAAGCUAAGAAGCCCAGCCCAGGCUGUAUCCCCGGCACCCCAGCAGGCUGCAGCUUCAGCUAUCGCAGCCGUAGACGUAGUAGAGAGGCAGCUUGUGUUCGUAGAACAGCAAACUUCGGGUAGUACUGGUCAAGUCAAUAAGGUAACAAGCUACCCUGGGAAAGCUCAGGACCCAGUCAGCAGUAGUGUUCACGUUGUGAACAAAAACGUGCCUGUCUUGUGCGAAAAACAGAGCGUGAGUCGAGCCGAACGCGUAGUAGAAAACUUGGACAUUGCCGCUUCGGUCGAGAUCUCUCAGAGUCGCGGGGCUAACAGCAGAGGAAGGGUACAGGAAACUGACGAGGCCUUUGUUCCAGCGGCAUGCAGCCCACCCAAGGACACCAAAACAACGGCGGCUCAACUACCAAGGUCAACUAGGUUAACACAAGCAAACACGAAAGACAGAAUUAGAAAACAGAAAGAGAAUCUACAGAGAGAAAACAAACUUGCAACCAGGACGAAACACAGGAAAGACACGUGCCUGAAAACGGAGAUGUUUGAUCCCGUUAACCCGGAUAGCCCGUCGACUAGUAGAACGUUAGCAGCAGAAACGUUGGUGAGCCUCGCCACUGCGAUCACUCUACACUCAGGCACUGCAGAUGAUGCAUUGGACGACCAGCAAAAUGGAAGACCCACAGCAAGCGACUUACAGAGAAUAGAGACAGCUACCUCUGACAACACCUCACAUACAGGCACUGUGGAUUGUACAACGGACAGACAGAAAACUGGUACAGCUACAGUCAUCGUCAUCAUCAUCAUGCCAAUAUCUCUCCUACAGGUACAGAAAGCAGGGCAGCAGACAGGAGUAAAAGUGUAA